GUACGCUGGUCUGGGUGAAUUCAGUGAGGUUGGCAUUGAUCGGGCAUUCCGCAUCCCAAAUGGCUCGUCCGAAAUCCGCCGGUUGGGUGGACUUGUCGGCACCGUGGAGCGAUGACACGGCCUGGAGACCAGUGACCAAUGUGAAUGACCUUCCGAACGAGUUGUUGGCGCGUAUAUUUGGAUACUUUCAUCCGAUUGAGGAUGAGUUGCCCACUAUUUCGAUGGUUUGUCGUAAGUGGCAGUCCGUUCUCCAGUGCACCAGCUCACUCUGGCGCUCCGUCCAUGUGGACCCCACAACGUUCAAACACUGGCACUUCAGUAUGCUCUGUACGAUAUUCCGUGUGUACGGCUGUCAUAUACAGAAACUCACCUGGCGAGAGAACUCACCGGUGUACGAGAGCGUGUUUUCUCAGAUUCCGAGGCUGUGUGGCCUGAAGUGUUUACGGUUGCCCGUACUAUGGACACGUGCCGUGGUGGAGAGCCUGGCCCCGCUACGCCAGCUAGAAGAGGUCCAGAUAAACGGCGGAUAUGCGCUAUCCGACGACGACAUGGAACUUAUAGCUAAACAUUUCCCUAGACUGAGAGAGAUCUCUUUGAACGCCUGUUGGUUCGUCACCUCUGUCGGCGUGUCUAAACUGUUCACCUCCUUACAAGAAUUGGAGUCCGUGAAACUGAAGAUAAACUCGGGCCUUCCACUGAAUGAUGUACGUAGUGAGCGAUCCAUGCUGGAAGGGUUUCGGGUGAUCCAAGGGAUGGCCGAGUCCCGCUUCGCCAAACUUGUUACUGUACUCUGUUUACACUUCGUCCCGAUCGAAAUGGACGAGCUGUGGGACAUCAUUAACAACCUGCCCAGGCUUCGUAAACUUAGUAUCAGCAAUUGUGAGCAUCUCCAUGGUAUACGGCUGGUGUCAGAGUCCAUUCAGAAAAUUUACCUGUUCAAUCUGUGGGGCGUCCUGUUUGUGAGUAUAACAGCCACGAACCUCCGCAUGAUAACCAUUGACCAAGGCCUCGAGUCCAUGGAGCACCUGGAACUGGAUGCGCCCAGGUUGCGGAGAGUCAGUGUGGAUGGCAAGCAGUGUGUUACGGACACUGACUAUCAAAGCAGUAAGCUCGCCGUGUUAGAGCUAUGUAACUGUGAUGAAAUAGAGAUGCGUUCCUUCCGUCAGACACUAAAACUGAACCCUUCUAUAGCAUGUCUACGAUUAGGUUGUAUAUCCCAAGACAGUCUGACGUUGGACGAGUACAUCGUGCCAUCUCUUCAGGAGCUAUGUUUGCUGGGGGACUUCUCGUGUGAAACACUGCAUAUACGAAGCCCUAGCCUAAGGUUAUUACACACAGAGGCAGAGAAUGACAUAAUCACUCUAAAUCAUGUAUACAUCACAGCUAAUCAUCUAUGCAAAGUGGCGUUGGUCGGCGUCCCUGCUCUUAAGACAAUGACUAUACAGUGCGUCAGUGUCGACUCCAUCGAGCUUAACCUCUGCAGUGAUGACCAGUUGAUACUGGAAUCGUGUGUCAUCCACGCAAUGGGCUCUAUAGGCUUCCUUCGGCUUUUCGAUUGUAAAGUUAACCUCCUGUCUGUGAGCACUCCUCUGGCACGGACCGUGGUGCUUUAUCGCUGUCAGAUGUCGGAUUACGUCCUCCAGAUGGCGCUAACCGGAUGUCCGAAUAUCUCGCACCUGAACCUCGAGAAGUGCCGAGAUCUGAGUAACGUUAGUAUCCAGGCCCCACCCCUGAAAUACCUGAAUAUGUUUGGCUGUAAAGACGUACAUAGCCUGGACCUGGACUGCCCAGACCUGUUGGCCCUCAACAUCGGCCACUGUCCUAAUGUCCGGCUGUUCAUCCAGGGGGUGGAGCGUGACCUGCACCAGCUCAGCGAGUACCCCCAAGUCUUCCUUCCCACGGAUUCUAUACGGUGGAGCCACGACUACCCACCUCAGAUGUAUGUCUGUAGCGGAUGACGACUUGAGGUGGUGUGUGACGAAUUUCUCAGCCCCGAUAAUAGUCAUGUCAGGAUGGAGGAUAAAUUGAAAUGAAAAGACCCACGAGAAACCGAGGUGCAGUCACCAGACUGGGUGGUCAUGCUUACCGCCAUAAGAUGAAGCCACGAUCUCGUGAGUAAUGGGCUUUUCAUCAUGAGACGAAAACAACGAAUCUUAGAUGGCCAGACAUAGUGUGAAAAGAUACAGCAAACGAUCCUGCGAGUAUACCAGAUUUAUUAAAGUGAACAUAAAGCCAGCCGCUCAAGCUGAAUUAAUUAAUAAAGUAGUAUUCCAGAAAUGUUAAAUAUUUGAAAAAUCCUACACCGCUUAUGAACGAAAUAAAUAGCAAACAAUCGUCAGAACCUAACCACUCAUUUGGUGACGCCAUUUUGCCAUCUAUCUAGAGUGACGUUACAAAACCUAGGGGUUCUUCCGUACCCUCGGUAUUAAGGAAUGUGACAAUGAGAAAAUACAGACAAAAACGCCCGAUACCCAGCCAAAGAUUAUCAGGCUCUGUUCCGUGUUUCUUUUAGUUUGACGCUCGGUCAUGGCGAUAUUCGUGGACACAAGCGUCAUGUUUUAGCCGUCCUGCUCGUCCUCGUCCUGCAUGGGUGUAAGCAUUUGGCCCAGCUAGCUGUGCCGACUUCAGGGAAUUUACCGAACAUAGGAGGACUUUCUGAUUGAUAACAAACUCUUUCAUUUAGGUUUUGGGAGAAUAUUUUCGUUAUAAAUCUGACUUUGCUAAGGAAAAACUAAUGCGAAGUCGUAGUGUUUUUCUUCAAGCAAUGACUCUACCGAGGCGUUUUUUUUU